UGUCCCACAAUCCUCAUCGCCYGCGAAGGUGACAGGGGACAGAAAAAAUGGCAACUGCGUACCUUACUCACCACCAAAAAGUCUUGAGGCUGUACAAAAAAUCCUUGAGGCACCUUGAAUCAUGGUGUAUUUUUAGGGAUAAAUACCGCUUCUACGCGUGCAUGAUGAGGGCACGCUUCGACGAGGCCAAGGAUGAGAAGGACAUGGUCAAAGCCACUAUGAUGCUGAAGGCAGGAGAGGAGGAAUUCUGGUCUAACCAACACCCCCAGCCGUACCUAUUCCCUGACUCUCCAGGAGGAACUUCCUAUGAAAGAUAUGAAAUGUACAAGGUCCCCGAAUGGUGUCUAGAUCACUGGCAUCCGUCAGAGAAGGCCAUGUAUCCUGACUACUUUGCCAAGAGGGAGCAGUGGAAGAAGCUGCGAGAACAGAGCUGGGCAGGAGAGGUUCAUCAGCUGCAGGAAGAGACCCCUGCCAUUGGGCCCAAGACCGAGGCCCUCCCCCCGGCCCGCAAGGACGGCGACCUCCCCCCUCUGUGGUGGCAGUARGUCACCCGCCCCAGGGAGCGCCCCGUCUAACAGCCCCCGGAUGACACUACCUGGUGAUAACUCCAUAGUGGCACAUGGCAGCUCACCACGGUACCUACUACCACACAACAGCAUGCAGAUUCACCUCCUGGUGAAUUACUAUCCAUCUGUAAAGAUAAUUAUAUAAUGGAGUCGUUUUGGAAGAAGUUGCAGUAUGUUUUGUCAGAAGAUAUUCCACCCUGCCUGAAUUGACAYUAAUUAUUUAGUAGUAAAAGCAGGUGACUUUCAAAUGUACUGUAGAUGUACUUCUUUUCCUGUACAAGGACAUCUGUUUAAAUAAAUAUGGAAAUGAUU